UUUGUGGGCCAGAUCUACGGCGCCAAGGGUUUCAGCUUGAGCGAUGUGCCCCAGGCGGAGAUCUCGGGUGAGCACCUGCGGAUCUGCCCCCAGGGCUACACCUGCUGCACCAGUGAGAUGGAGGAGAACCUGGCCAACCGCAGCCGUGCUGAGCUGGAGACGGCGCUCCUGGACAGCAGCCGCACCCUGCAGGCCACACUGGCAGCUCAGCUGCGCAGCUUCGACGGUGAGUGGGACCCAGGGCUUAGGGACCGCAGGACGCCGAACCAGUGUCCUGGAGGAGCUGGGGGGGUNNNNACACAGAACGCCAAGGCCUUCCGGGACCUGUACACGGAGCUGCGCCUCUACUACCGAGGGGCCAACCUGCACCUGGAGGAUGCGCUGGCUGAGUUCUGGGCCCGCCUGCUGGAGCGCCUGUUCAGGCAGCUGCACCCUCAACUGCUGCUGCCUGACGACUACCUGGACUGCCUGGGCAAGCAGGCCGAGCCCCUGCGGCCCUUUGGGGAUGCCCCUCGAGAGCUGCGCCUGAGGGCCACCCGCGCCUUCGUAGCCACACGCUCCUUCGUGCAGGGCCUGGGCGUGGCUGGCGAUGUGGUCCGGAAGGUGGCCCAGGUGCCCUUGGGCCCUGAGUGCUCACGGGCCAUCAUGAAGCUACUGUACUGCGCACACUGCCUGGGGGUCCCCGGCGCCCGGCCCUGCCCCGACUACUGCCGCAACGUACUCAAGGGCUGCCUGGCCAACCAGGCCGACCUGGACGCCGAGUGGAGGAACCUUCUGGACUCCAUGGUGCUCAUCACCGACAAGUUCUGGGGCCCCGCGGGCGCAGAGAACGUCAUCGGCAGCGUGCAUUUGUGGCUGGCGGAGGCCAUCAACGCCCUCCAGGACAACAGAGACACACUCACAGCCAAGGUCAUCCAGGGCUGCGGGGACCCCAAGGUGAAUCCUCACAGCCCCGGGUCUGAGGAGAAGCGGCCACGGGGCAAGUUGGCACUGCAGGAGAAGCCACCUGCAGGCAUGUUGGAGAAGCUGGUCUCUGAGGCCAAAGCCCAGCUCCGCGAUGCCCAGGACUUCUGGAUCAGCCUCCCAGGGACACUGUGCAGUGAGAAGAUGGCCAUGAGUGCCUCCAGUGACGACCGCUGCUGGAACGGGAUGGCCAAGGGCCGGUACCUCCCUGAGGUGAUGGGUGACGGCCUGGCCAACCAGAUCAACAACCCCGAGGUGGAGGUGGACAUCACCAAGCCCGACAUGACCAUCCGCCAGCAGAUCAUGCAGCUGAAGAUCAUGACCAACCGGCUGCGCAGUGCCUACAAUGGCGAGGACGCAGACUUCCAGGACGCCAGUGACGACGGCAGCAGCAGCUCAGGGAGUGGGGACGGUUGCCCCGAAGACAUCUGCGGCCAGAGGGUCAACAAGAAGAGCUCCAGCUCACGGACAACCCUGACCCACGCCCUCCCCGGCCUGUCAGAGCGGGAGGGCCAGAAGACCUCAGCCACAGGCUGCCCCCAGCCCUGCAUGGCCCUCCUGGUCCUCCUCCUCAUCCUGCUUCUCUCAGUGGCCAGGCCCCGGUGGCGGUAACUGCUCCCAGCCCCUGGGACUGAGGCCAAGGACUGACUUUGCCAAAACACGAACAGACAAAUAUUUAAUUCCCCUCGUCGUAGAGGCCCAGGGCAGGACAGAGAGGGACAGCGGGGGACUGCUGUCUUGACGCACUGGGGGCAGGGUGAGUGGCGAUGGCCCCACAGGCCUGGCUUUGCCAACACCCUGGCUCUUAAUUUUGUGUGAGGCUCUCAGGUCAGCUGGGAACAAUGUCCCCAAAAGCCAUGUAUUUCAGGGACCUUCCAUGGGCCCAGGAUCUGAGCUUGCCCCUGCUCACCCAGACCUGGGGCCCUCCCUCCUGGGCCCCAGUCUGCCCACAAGCCUCUCCCCAGCUCCCUGCACCAUCACCGACCAGUGCCAGGGCCUGUGGGGAGGCACCCUGAGCCUGUGCCUUCCUCUUCUGCCUCCUUCCAUGACAACUAGGGGCUCCAGAUGUCAGAAAGUGGGACCCAUCCCUCAGUGCCCCAAGAAUCCCCAAGAGGGUGUCAGGGCUUCCACCACCUGAGACCUUGAGGGCCUUUGAGAUUAUGCACGAGCCCCUCAUAUGCAGCCAGGCCUCCACCCUGUGAUGCCAUAGGCCCCCCCAGAACCCUGAGUCAGGUGAGAGCUUGUCUGGCAAGGUGCUGCCAGUCCCUGCAGACCUCCUUGCCGAAGACCAGCUUCAGGGGCCUCAGAUGUGCCAUGAGCAGCAGCUGGCACAGCCAUGCAUUCUGGGCUCUGCUCUCAGUUGUCUGUGGGUGGGCUUCCCGCUCCUGGCCAUCCCAGAAAAGCAAGCUGGGGCCCUCCGCAAAGGUGAGCCUCCCCUUCACACAUGGGCUGGGUCCACGGCCUGAAUAAGGACUUAAGAUGUGGGAGGAGUAACCUGGCCACUAUCCUCCCUCCUGUCCCCACCCAGGGCCAAGGCCAGAGGCCAGCUCAGGGUAACAUAGGCCAGGGCUGGAGGCAACCCAUGGCCAUCACCUGGCCACAGGGAUGCUGAGUGGCAGGUGAAACUUCAGCUCAGGGCCAGUGAGCCCUGGCACUGCAGGUCAGAGGGACGCCUGGGUCCCUCCUUCGACCCUGCCAGCUGCAGGGAGCCUGGGGGAGCUUUGACAGUUAAGGGCUUUUCCAGAUGUGCAGAUAUGUACAGAUUUUUCUCACCCAUGUUCACUGGGAGCUUUCUCAGCUCCUCCCAAAUAGCUUUUGAAGUAUGACCUCCUGAGGGCCCAGGAUCUGGGCGUACACCCUGUUCAUGCAGGCCUGGGGGCCCUCCUUCCUUGGCCCCAGCUGCUGCCGGCCCUGGGAAGGGAGCUGGCACCCUGCCUGAGAGGGGCCCUGGGGAGGGGGCUGGCACCCUGCCUGAGAGGGGCUCAGGCAAGGAGAAGGUGGGCCCGGAGGGUCUGGGGAAGGCGGAGCCAGCAUGGGCAGGGACAGCCACCCUAGCCAGUGCCAGCGUCCCGGGCAGGCUGCUUAGCACCGCUUUGCUUUCCCUUGAGGCCUUGGGGAGGCCCCUGGCUGCUGGUCAGGGCCCCUGGCACCGUUCUCAGUGUGUUGGGGCCAGGCCUCCAGCCGAACUCCACCAGGUAGCCCAGUCCCAUAGGCACGUUCACCCCAUGCUAACUCUGAAGUGUUGGGGUGGGGACUGGGCCCAGGGCUUCCUUCCCUGUGGGCGAGGGCCAGCCGGACUCAGGAUUUGGACAGUGACUGUGGUGUGCCAGGAUGGUGCCCUUGUGCUGCAUGGGAUGGCCCAAUAGGGCCUGUGCUGUCCUCACCUCACAUGGGUCUCUGGAAGAACUGGCCAGGCAAUCGCCAGGCCUGCUGUGUCCUGCCGUGUGGUGUCAGCUGGUGACAUAUGUUCCUGUGUCCUUGUAUGAAUAAAAGGCUGGAGACCUUG